AUGAAUUUGGUCAAAUGGAUAAUCUUAUCCGGCUGUUUCGUGAGUUGGUACUUUUUAGUCCGCAACGAGUCGUUGUCAAAGGUCGACGUUUUGUUUAGAGAGCCGUAUGGGGGGAAUUCUCAGAGUGAAUUAAAUGCAAAACCGUUAAUUACUGAUAUUGACGGAGAUGGAGAAAACGAGUUGGUAGUAGCGAGUUAUACAAGUCACAAGGUGAUCAUGUAUAAAUAUCAGAAAGGUCGUUUAGUAGUCAACAAAGAGUUAGAGAUUCCCGGCCAAAUGUUUCCGAUUGGUAUGAGCAGUGGGUAUGAGACGCCGUAUGUCGAGGGUGAGAGACGGAAACAAAUUGUGGUGAUUGUCAUGCGAGACUUUGAGGUGAUUUGCUUAAACUCUGAUUUGACGAUUCGGUGGAGACAAAAUGCAUAUAAGGCGAAAGCACAGGCAUUUGUCCAAGAAGUCGCAGUGAGUGUUAUUCCAUAUAAUCUCCAAAAUGGAUAUAAAGGUGCUGUCAUCACAGCUUUCAGAACAUCAAACGACAAAGGGUUUGCAAGAAAUCGAGCGGAUGAGGUCUUUGAAGAGGACGAACGUGUGACCACGCGAGGCGUCACGUUUGAUGAGCAACGAGAUGAUAUGGCAAAUGAACAAAAUGUGAAUGAGGUGGGGGACUCCCCAGAGUUGAAGGAACAUAUGAACUACUAUGCGUUCCAUGUUAAAGAUGGUCAAGUUAUUUGGCAACAUGAAAUGGACGAAGAAGAGUCGACUUUGGAUUUAGUGAAGAACGCCGACGAAGUUGAAUUAUUCAAAAGUGUGAAGAUGAAAGCCGAGAAGGGAGAAGGACUUGGAGAAGUCCAAUGGCAUGAGUUCCAUGACGCACUCUUCCAACACUUACCACAUAGUUGGUCGUCAUUCUUUGAUACUAAAAUAGAGUACUCCCAUCUUUCUAGAGAUAUUGUGAAUAACCCGACGGAGUAUAAGAACAUCAAAGAACUGAGUAAAAGAAAGAACACCCCACAUAACGAUAUCGACUUGAUCAAAAACCCGAACACCUUUUUAAUACACCACAUGAACGGUGUGGAAGUCAUUCAUCUGUUCACUGGGAAACCAGUCUUUCACAUCACGUUGUUGCCUUCGACAGUAUCUUCGGCAUCUUCUUUUGUCGACUUGGACGGAAAUGAUGUGCUGGACGAGAUAUAUACACACGCGUAUUUACUCGACUACGAGACGACAACCGUUGAUAACGACUUUUCAUGCUACUUACACGUGACAGAGGCCAACUCGUAUCGAUCUGUGUUCUCACAAAACGUGUGUGAAGACAAGAAAAUAUCUUUUUGGGCGCCAAAGAGUAAAGGAAGGGUUUCGAAGAAAGUCCAGAUUCUUCCGCCACUUUUAGUUGAAAGUGGUGAAGUAACAAAAGAGGGGAGGAAGAUCUACGACAUCUACUCUGUGAAUAGUAAUGGACUCUUAGUGGCUAUUUCAAAUAAAGGAGUCAAAAAGUGGAGCGCACAGAUUCCGACGAAAUGGGGGUUAAAUCAAGUCGAGAUGAACACGUUCAAACCAAGUUCAAUACAAUUCCACUAUACUUAUGGACAGAACUUGACAGUCCCAUAUUUGCUUGUACAAGGAGAUUCAUCGUUUAGUGUUUUGGACUUAAUGGGGAAUGUCGUUGCUUUCAAGGAGUUUGGAAAAGUGUCACCCAUCAUGCCUCCUAUUGUCGGCGACAUAGACGGAAACACAAGAAGUGAUGUCAUCAUCGUCUCGGAAAGUUACAUUAUGGGAUUUGCGUUAGAAAUUGUACCUUCGGCGAAAUUCAUCCCAGUGUGUAUUGCGGGUAUACUUGCGCUCAUCGCUUACCAUAUCUAUAUCCUCGCUAUUUCUUAUUACAAAAAACAGGAGUAA